AUGCCAUUCGAUGUCCGCGUCGAGGCUAUCCUUCCGCAACUGGAUGUGAUUCGGCCGGCCAUCACGAGUGCUGUAAAAGAUGUCUGUGCCAUCAUUAGUUCCUCCGUAUCAAGCUCCACAAUCCGCAUGGGCGCACGCAUUAUUCUACUCCUCUGCCUUGCUGCCAUGUUAUCUGUGGCCAUUCAUAUUCUGAAGGCUUCUGAAGGCCUUCGGUCCUCGUUGGCCCUGGUCUUCUGGCUCUUCUCCUGGGUGUGGAUCCUCUUGCUACUGGUUUUCGCAGUUGUAAUAACUCUGGAGUUGGCCAGGGACUACAUGUACACAUCCCCCAUUAUCCGUCGGAUCGUACGGAACUUACAGCGGCUUGCAGCAGAAUCUGACCAUAGCAACCCGUCCCAGGCGCCUCAGCGAGUACCAGUGGAUCCAGUGGACUAUACCUCUCUAUCGGAUCUUGACGAAGAGCCGCAAUUGGAGCAAUAUAUCACCGCAGCAGCCAACCAGACAUCAGCGGACUUAUGA